UUAAUUUUAUUAUACACACAAAAAUCCCCAGUAGACAAUGUUACAUGCACAAUACCAAAAAGAAUGAUGAAAUUAUGAUUGGAUAUUAGGAGUUAAGGAAGGAUAUUAAAACAACCCACAAUGCCAGUGUGUGAAAAGAUCAAAUCGAUUGUGUGCACACCAACACAUAAAUGUUGUGAAUUAUUAUGUACAAAUUGUAAAUCACUAUCAGAUACAUCAUCUAAAAGUGUAAACAUCAAGAUCAACGGACAACAAUCCAAAACAAAAACUUUACUCGAGAAGAUUCCACCGAAGAAAUUUUGUGGUACGAAGGAAAACAGGGAGGAAAACGUAUCCUCGAGGAAGCCAACGAGGUGGGAUAUAACUGAAACUGAUAUAGGCCUAAGUCAUGUUAAGCCAAAAGUGUCCGAUGAAGAAUCGUCCGACAGCGAUAGCAGUGGUGAAGAACAAACUAGAAAGCCUUCGUUUUUCCCUCCACACAACACGUUUUACCCUACAAAAAGUAAACGGGCAAUAGUAAAAGUAUCCAAUCAAAAUACAACUGAUUCCCCAGCAAAAAGUAAACGUGCCCGUUCGACAUUGUCCAAUAAAAAUCUUCGCGAUGAAGACCCUGUAAAAGUUAAAUGGGCAAACAAAAACAAUGAGGUUUACUCAGCUUUAACAUCAAACCCUACAUCUUCACAAUACUGGGUACAGUCGAACCUACAAUACAUCAUUGUGCUCCCGAUGGUGACUCAACGACGUAAUUCACCGAAAAUAUCUCCACCCCCUCCGUCUCCGCCCGAUGACGACUUGGACGACUCGGAAGAGGAAAAACCGAAAUCUCAAGAAUCAAGUGAAUCUCAAGAAUCAAGUGAAUCUGAAGAAUCUUCAAAACUUCCAGCGAUUGAAAAACCGAAAUCUCAAGAAUCAAGUGAAUCUGAAGAUUCUUCAAAACGUCCAGUGAUUAAAAAACCGAAAUCUCAAGAAUCAAGUGGAUCUGAAGAUUCUUCAAAACGUCCAGUGAUUAAAAAACCGAAAUCUCAAGAAUCAAGUGGAUCUGAAGAUUCUUCAAAACUUCCAGUGAUUGAAAAACCGAAAUCUCAAGAAUCAAGUGAAUCUGCAGAUUCUUCAAAAGAUAAAAGUGAUAAAAGUGAUAAAAGUAGCGAAAGUAAAUUGUCUUUCGAACCAAGAUCAAACGCCCAACUCCCUAUGCCCCAGAAGACGAAAGGAUUUUGCUGCGUCAAAAAACAAAAUAGUGGAUGAACUUAGUGUAGAUAAUGUUUCCUAUUGUAUUACUUGGCUUAUAAGAAGAGAUUUUGUAUUAAGAGACACACUAAUAUACUGGUUGAUUAAAUUUGAGUAAAGUACA